UGUCUAUAAAUGUUUAUAUAUUAACAUGGAUGUCGCUUCAAUGUAAAAAGUUUAGCAUUUCACGUUUAAAUCCUUGCUUCCGCGAUGAUUUUUCAAGAUGUACAGCAUAUGGACGAGACCGGAGGAUGGCAUUCUACAUUUCAGCGUCUGAACAUAAAAGCUAAAUCAAAUGCUGGCUCGCAGAAAGUUGGAAAAAGUCCGGAAAAUAGGAAUUAUAACCGAUACAGAGAUGUUGUGCCUUAUGACCACAGUUUGGUCCGCUUACGAAAUAGCGACACAGAGUACAUAAACGCAAACUUUGUCAAGGUUCCAUCAAUUCGGAAAGAGUACAUUUUAACACAGGGACCCUUAUCGCACACAUGCAAACAUUUUUGGGAAAUGAUUUGGGAGCAGAAUACCUAUAGCGUUGUGAUGCUCAAUAGAGUCAUUGAGAAGAAUCAGCUCAAAUGCCAUCAGUACUGGCCAUUGAAAGGCUCCAUGAUUGCUGGUGAUAUUAAAAUAACUGUUGGUGAUGAAGAGGAUCACAAUGAGUUUAUCGUCAGAGAUUUAGAAAUAGAACAUUUAAAGGAAGGAGCUACACGAAGCAUACGUCACUUCCAUUACAUUGCUUGGCCUGAUUUUGGUGUUCCUUCAUCACCACAAGCAUUUCUAAAAUAUUUAUUAACUGUUCAAGAGUUCCAGUCAAAUGUACAGGGCAUUGGUCCCCCAGUUAUACACUGCAGUGCAGGAAUUGGGCGGUCAGGAACAUUUAUUCUCAUUGAUGCAGCACUUUCUGAGAUAAAAGAAAAAGAUGAUAUGAUGGAUUAUGAUGUAAGAAGCAAACUUCUUGAAAUGAGGACGUACAGGCCAGGGCUUAUUCAGACCACGGAGCAGCUCCACUUUUCGUAUAUUGCGAUUCUUGAAGGGGCCAACAUGGUGGCACCUUCAGCUUACAGCACAGCGUACUGGAGCAUGGUUCAACCUCAAGAUGAAGAGGAGGUUGAUGAGGGACAGACCAAUGGUGAGCACGAUGGACAACCAGAUGCGAAAAAAAUUAAACAAGAACCCAGUGCAGCUGUCCAAGAUGAAAAUUCUGAAACAGAGUCUGAAAGUGGUGAAGAUGAACCAGUCGAUAUCGGCGCACAGCAUGGUAACGAAGUGGGGGAUGAAAGUAGUGAACAAGCUGAAGAUGACAGUGACGAUCAAGCUGGACCUGACAGUCAUGAAGGUGGGGAUGAAAACAGUGAAGAAUCUGCAGAUGAGAACGGUGAUGAACUUAGAGAGGAGAGUAAACAGGAAAGCAGCAGGGAAAAUGAGCAGUUGGGGUUUCCCGAGAUUACGGUCACGGGCGCGUCGUCCGAAGCCAUUGCAGGCGAGCUCGAGGAACAUGUGACCGAAUUCAAGGCGGACAAGAGCGACGUAAUCGAUCAACAACAAGAACAACAAAAAAACGGUCCAAUCGCAGACACCCCUAUUACAGAUGAUAACCAGGUUGCAAGCAGCUAUGGUGAUAAUUCUGAGAGGCAACCUUCAGAGACAAUAAUAGCAAAAAGGUCUGAUAGUCAUCAGGAACAUUCAGGUCAAAUUGACGACACGAGUCCGAUUUCCGAGAAUCCAAGUGAUAUCGGUAGCGAAGUUGAUAUCAAAAGUGAAGUCGACAUCAGGAGUGAGAUGCCAAGUCUAUCCAGCGUUUGUUCCGGUCAGUUCCCGAGUGAUUUUCAUAUUUACGGUUCGGAUGAUGUCAUCACCGAGGGAGGUCCUUCAAGAGAGGUUGCUGGCCAUAGUACAAGCGUUGAAAGAGUAGUUGGUAGAUGGCAGAGUGCAGAGGCCGAGGAGGGUGAAGAUCCGAAAGAACCACGACCAAAGAGGUCCGCAAUGAGAAGGAAUUCGUUGGAAGGUGCGAAAAGGAAGUCCGUCACAUUUGUACCAGCCGUGAACGGUGAUGCCGAGGCGGAGGAUUACGCUGGAUAUGACGAGGAUAGAGACACAAAAAGCCCGAGCACGCGUCAAAAGGCAACAGAGAUACGAAAGAGAAACCUCGCAAACAAAGUCGAUGAAAUCAAGAAGAAAAUGAAAGAUAGCGAAGCCUCGAGCGACGAUUCGUUCCCGAUUAUUGGACUAGUAUUGUGCGUGGUUGUCGUUGGAUUCGCGUGGCUUUAUUAUCAUUAUCACUCGUGAAUCUUAUCGUUUGUAUAUUUUUUCAAGCAUUCGUUUAUCUCUCUAUAUCAACGAACGGCUCGACACGCUUGUCGUACGGUAUUGUGGAUAUACAGUGUAGCAUAUUUUAACUGCAUUCGUUCAUAAAGUAAUCACGUUGGUCCGGCUUGCUUUCUACUUCAUCCUGGUGUUUUGACCAUAUCAGAGUUGUUGAACGUAUCGAUCUACACAUCCUCCAAAUUCACUAAAGAGUUGUUUCCAGUCGUUCCAGAUAAGCAGACGACUCCGGAGUAUUUUGGACGAGCAACCGUGACCUGGUUCAAACGACCACGAUUUUAUAGGAAAGUUGGCUUCACUGCUUUACAGAUGGCCAAGUCCAAGAUGGGUUCGCUUGAGCUCGUUUAAACAGGCGCAACAAUAUUAGCACAUCACUCAUUAACCUAACCUUUUUGUUCAAUCCGAGUAAAAUAGUAUGCCUUUAAAUAUUUGCAUGGGAUUAAACAGUAAAAAACAACCAAAUUUCCUCUUGAAAAGUUACUGCAGGUGUCCAAUAAACGAUGUUGAAUCCGUUUGAACGUAGCUUUAUUUAAGGCGGCCAUUGACAGUUUUAGGCCAGGGACGUUAAGGGAUAUUAUAUGAUGUAAGAAGGAAUCAUACAAGCGAUCUUUUAUGGUGUAAACGCACAUUGUAUGGUAUGACGGUCAAAAUUGGCAGGAAAGACGUGUUUAUGAAAUAAAAUUUCGUUUGAAUUUG